AUGUCAUUAAUCGCCGAAGCUCAAAGUUUAAUUACCGACACUCAAUUCUUAAUUCACAACAUCCAAGAUUACAUUAACAUUGAUGAGAAGUUAUUAUUCAGUUUAGGUUGUAUUGCUUUCAAUCCUAUCUUUUGGAACAUCGUUGCCAGAUUAGAAUAUAACACUCAUUUCUUAACCAAGAUUUGUGGUGGUGCUUAUAAUGGAUGUUAUUUGUUAGCAUUGACUAUUUUCUCCUUAGGUAUCUAUAGAGAUUAUGUUUAUCAUGAAGCUUUAAUGGAACAACCAACUUAUAAACCAUUCGUUGAUUCAAUUAUUAUCAAAUCAUUAUCAGUGUUAUUCUUCGGAUUUGGUAAUAUUUUGGUUGUUACUUCAAUGUGGGGGUUAGGUGUUACAGGUACUUAUUUAGGUGAUUACUUCGGAAUCUUAAUGAGUGAAAGAGUUACCGGAUUUCCUUUCAAUGUUAAUGACAAUCCAAUGUACAAUGGUUCUACCUUAUGUUUCUUAGGUACUGCUUUAUGGUACGGUAAACCAACCGGUAUUGUUGUUAGUGGUUUAGUUUUCGUGAUGUACAAAAUUGCGUUACUUUUCGAAGAACCUUUUACUGCUAAAAUCUAUCAACAAAAAGCUGAAAACGAAAAGAAAAACUUGUAA